AAUCCUCUACCCCCCUUCUUCCUCCUUGAAGGACGCUUCAGCGCAAUGCCCCGACAAGCGGCGCGCCUCGUCCUCGGACGCAGCGUCAAGGCAAAAACCAUCCGACAACGACCCUUCUCAACCACCCCACGCCGCAGCGACGAUGACGCGAAGAACAACAGCAGCAGCAGCAGCAACAGCAACGCACGAAACCAGCGAUCCGUCGCAGCCGCCUCUGCCCUCGGUGCCAUGAGCAACAGCCGCUCUGGGGCGCCUUCGUCCUCGUCAUCAUCAUCAUCUCCUUCGCAGCAGGGUAGCCGCAAACCAAUUGAGAUCCGCCGCACUAUGGGAAUGCGUCCCCCGACCCUCUCGCGCCCGCCUGGGCUGGGUCAAGGAAGGAAUAUCAUCGAUCUCAAGAGCCUCCCGCGACGCACAGACGGCGCACCUCGAUUUGUUCGCCCACCACCACAUCUAGGCAGCGGCAGUAGCGGCGGUGACAGGCCUGCACCGGGCUCGUCAGGCUUUGUGCCUCGCUUUGCAGGCCGGACUGGUGGUGGCGGCGGCGGCGGCUUCCAAGGAGCUCCUCGUGGGAACAGAUUCGGUCCUGGAGCGCGCACCGGUGGCUCUCUUGGGUCUUUCCGGCCACAGCGCCCAGGCGGCGGACGCUUUGGGGGCCAACAGCCUCGGACCGGAGGUGGUGGGGCCCGACGAGGACCACCACGGCGGAAGAGAGAUGAUAAGAAGCCGCGCGAGCAGGACGCCACCGAGGCCGGCAUGGAACAGAUGGAUGAGGAGGUCCAGAAGUACGUGGCGACCUUGGAUGCCGGAGGCGUCGAGAGGCCGUACAAGCCGUCGACGACGCUCGAGUCGCUGAUCGGCUGGGGCCCAGCGGUGGCUACCAACACGGCGAUUGGACAGGCGGAGAUUGCGGUGCGCAAUAUGCGGAUCAUGGGCGGAGGCAGAGGCUUCCAGGAGGCCGAGUCUACCUUUGAGCUGAAAGACGUGAACAGGUGGCUGUCGGCAGGCCAGCCCAUCUUCUACUCGAACAUGGAGCAGAAGAAGGGGGUGACGAUGAUGCUCUCCCCUGGCAAGGCGGAUAAGAUUGUGGAGAAGAAGCAUGCCGCGAUCAUCGAGAAGGGCAAGGAGAAAUAUGGUGAGGACUGGGCGGCGUUCGUCAAGGCCUACAAUAAGCGCGGCACCGCGGACGAGAUUGAGAAGAAGUCAAGGGAGCAGGCCGAGCGCGUCCUCAUCAAGCACGUCAACGACCGCAACCUUGUGUCGACCAAGAACAAGACGACGAGGGAGGCCAUCAUCAAGUACGCCGUCAAGGGCGAUCAUCCUGUGAUCAAGCAGGCUGAAGACACCUGGGGCAAGCUGGCUAUGUAUGCCGCCCAUGAGCGGUCAUACAGACCAGUAGAUGCCGCCAGGCUUGAGGCCAAGGUGCGGACAUUGGUGAAAGCAUAAGAGUUGUUUAGGGGUCGUUGAGAGGAUUGCGGCGCGCCAAAAAAAGACUGGCGGUUGGUCAUUUUAGAUACGCGAUCGCCGUGGUUGUACAAAUUCAAAUUCAGAGAAUUUC